CGGCACAACACAAUCCCGCACCCGGUUAGGCAACCGCCACCAAGCACGGCACGCUCACAUCACAUCACAGAGGCUCAGAGCACAGGCGGCCUGGUCGGCUUGCAGAAAGGAUGGCCGCCGCGGUCGCCUUGGCAAGCCCUCUCCGGCGACUCCUCCACUGCCCUUGCCCGCGCCGCGCUAUCGCCACGCCACUCCGCUUCUUCGCGCGAGGGCGGUGUGACCUGGCCCUCGCCGUCUCGGCGGCCGCAGUCGGAGAUAAGUGGGGCGUGCACAGGCAUGUAAUCGAGGAAGUCAUGGACAUUCUGGAUAUGGCACAAAGGGCUUCCCAACGAAGAGAUGUCUUCCACACCAGUUUUCUUACGCCACCUAUCAUAGCGGAGGCUAUGCUAGCAAUUGAAAAGUUAGCUGAUAUCAAAGCAGUAGCUCAGGGGGGCUAUCCACAGGCUGAGCGGUGCCGAAUUUCAGUUGGGCAUCCAGACUCUAUGAGAAGUGACCCAGAUGUAGUUGCUGCUUUGAGCAUCUCCGGGAAUUUCCGAUUAGAACCCUGUUCUCAUGGUGAUUUUCUCGGUGCUAUUCUUGGGGCAGGAAUUACAAGGGAGAAAGUUGGAGAUAUACUUUUACAGGGGGAAAGAGGUGCUCAGGUCCUUGUUGAUCCAGAGCUUGUUGACUAUCUGACUUCCACACUAGAAAAGGUGGGGAAAGUUGGUGUUUCAUGCACCCAGAUUCCCUUGCUUGCUAUAGAGUAUGAGCCACCAAGGACCAAAUCUUUUAAAACUGUAGAAUCAUCACUUCGGGUUGAUGCUGUGGCCAGUGCAGGAUUUAAAAUAUCACGCACAAAGCUUGGUAGCAUGAUCAGUUCUGGAGAUGUUCGUGUGAAUUGGUCACUGGUUUCGAAAAGUGGAGCUACCCUCAAGGCUGGGGAUGUUGUUUCUGUCAGUGGGAUGGGGAGAUUAAAGGUUUUUGAGAAUAUGUUGGGCCUUGCAUUGUAUUCUGUAUGCAAUUGGGGAAAUCGUGACUACGAAGAAAGGCAAAUAUGUCGUUCAGUUGAUUCAAUAUUUGUAGGCCCGUGACUGAUCAAUUGUUCUCUGAAGAAUACCUGACUCGUGAGUUUGCGAAGUGCUCAGUUGCUUACACAAGCACAAGGGCUGCAGCUGCCUGCGAAUAUUUACGAUGAAACUGAUUCAUAAUGUUUAGAAGAGAAAAGGACAAGUGGACAGUACAUGUAAAGUAUAUGUGACAGCUUAUCUUUAAAGUCCAGAUCAAAUUGAGAAUGAAAUUUAGAAGGUACGCAAUUCGCUUAUAGUUGCAAGUCCAUAUGUUUUCAGUAUUUAUGAAGUAAAUGGUGUUGGAAAUAUGCCCUAGAGGCAAUAAUAAAAGCAUUAUUAUUAUA